UUGCAGCCUAACACUCCCGCUCGCCAGUAAAAGUAGGGGUAGGAUCGGGAGAUCGCUGAAGCGCGUACACGUCCACACAUCCGGAAGCAAGCGAACUGGCGCAGGCUGCGGACAAGUGGCGCUCUCGUGCAGUGCCGAGUAUGCCACCUACCCGCGAGGGUCCAAGCAGGUCUGCUGAGCCACGGCCUCGCUAAAGGCGCCGUUCUACGAGGCUGCUGCGCGUGCCCCCGUCGACAUAGUGGCCGUCAUCGACAAGAGCGGCUCCAUGCGCGGGGCUAAGCUGGACUUCGUCAGGAAGACGCUUCUCUUUGUUGUCGAUCAGUUGAAGGAGUGCGACAGGCUGUCCCUGGUGACCUACGACACCAAUGUCUACCUGGACUUCUCCCUCACGUCCAUGAGCACGACCAACAAGGACAAGGCCAAGAUCACCAUCUCAAAUCUACGCGAAGGUUCCUCCACCAACCUCUGUGGAGGCCUUGUCAAAGGUAUGGAGGAGGUGGUACAGAGUGCGGGAGAGAGAGCUCAGGUCCAGUCGGUGCUCCUCCUGACUGAUGGGCUAGCUAACAAGAGGGUCCGCGAUGCAGAGGGUAUCCUGGCCAAGAUGAGGGAACUUCAGGACCCUCCAGUUCGUGGAGAUGUGGCUCCAAAGAAAUUUAACGGUACUGUCUACACGUUUGGAUCUCCAGUCAAGGAGGCGGAGUCUAUUACUUCAUUGACAGCACUGAUAAGAUCCCGGAGUCAUUUGCAGACUGUCUGGGAUGGCUGCUGA